AUGGAGCGAAGGGAACAUUUAACCUUGACUUUCCACAGUCCUGAGGUUCCCAAGAUAAAGGGGAACCGGAAAUACCAAAGGCCUACCCUCCCUGCCAAGAAACAUCCAAGUGCCUCGAUGUCAUCCCAAAGGCGGCAGCAGCUUAUGGAUCAGGCACACAUCUACAUCCGAAUACUCUGUGGCAGCCUCUGUAGUUUUAGCCUCCUAAUGCUGAUCGCCAUGUCCCCACUGAACUGGGUACAGUUCCUGGUGAUCAAGAAUGGCCUUGAGCUCUACGCAGGACUCUGGACCUUAUGCAACCAUGAGCUGUGCUGGAACCACACACCCAAGCCACCCUAUUAUCUCCAAUAUUCCAGGGCCUUCUUUCUCAUCUCUGUCUUUACCAUACUCAUUGGCCUUGGCUGGCUCUUCAGCUCUUGGCUCCCUAGUCGAGGAAGCAUGACCACCAACUUGGAUCUGAAGGUAUCCAUGCUCAGCUUCAUCUCAGCUACCUGCUUGCUCCUCUGCCUCAACCUGUUUGUGGCACAGGUUCACUGGCAUACUAGGGAUGCCAUGGAUUCAGAUCUCCUAUGGACCUAUUAUCUUAACUGGUGCAGUGACAUCUUUUACAUGUUUGCUGGCAUCAUCUCUCUUCUCAACUACUUAACUUCCAGAUCUCCUGCCCGUGAUGAAAACGUCACUGUGAUUCCAACAGAGAGAUCAAGGCUGGGGGUUGGUCCAGUGACUACAGUAUCACCUGCUAAAGAUGAAGAAGAGCCAAGGUCUGAGAUGGAAUCUCUAAGUGUGAGAGAGAAAAAUUUACCAGAGGCAGGACUGUGAUGGUGAUAGGAAAACCUAACUAUAGCUUGUCUUAAAAGCAGGGGAGAAGCUGAGUUGGGAAUGAUCGCAUAAAUUCUUGGAAACCCUCCUAAUAUCAUGUCCAUAUUACUGGAGGAGACAACAUUAAAGCUGAUGAAAUGUCUUUUGCGUGCUUUGGAUCCAGAAUAGGUAUGAUAGUAAUAAAGUAAGUAAUAACUCACUUAAGAAAAACAUUUCUAAAAGAAAACAACAAUGUUUAGAGUCAUGAAUGAAAGAAACUAGUGAAAGAUGCAGUGUGUAGACCAGAGACUUCUUUGGGUAUGAGGGAUCUCAUGGACCAGAAAGGCCCGUGGAGAAGAACGUUAAUUACUUCUAUUUAGAAUUUUCUUUAUUAUGUGUGGCUUUGGGUAUACUCCGGAUGGAAAGCACUUGGACAAAUACUGUUGAAUCUGAACUUGAUAGCGUUACCAGAAAUUGAAUAAAUAUCAAUGGAUAUAA